AUGAUGAUUUUAAAACUUUUUGUAACGACCGCACUAAUGACAAGCGUGACAACCGAAGAAGACAUGGACAUUACUGUCUCCUCGGGGGCUUUUUUCGAAGAAGUACAAGAAGCAAUAAUGUAUGACAAAAGUAUACCCUUAAUAUACACCCAAGAAAUUGGAAACAACGGCGAAGAAAUAAUGGAUAACGGAUGGAAUAUAGAAAAAUACUGCUCUGGGAAAAAUACCAAUUAUUGUAAGAUAACCAAACAAAUUAUUACCUUAUUAAAGACAAUAAACAAAAAUACAGAAGAAAAUGCUCUCGACAUGUCAGACAUGCUGAUAAGAAUGUUUAAUAAUAAAAGAUCAAAAAGAGGAAUCCAAUUUAUAGGGAAUCUAUAUCACUUUUGUUGUAACGUGGCUACUGAAAAACAACUAAAAAACCUAUACACCAACGAAGAUAUGAUAAACCAACAAAUAAAAAAAUUUAAAGACGCUUUCGUUUCGGAUCACCAAGACUUAGUAAAUAUAACUUCUGAGUUAAAUAAAUACACAAAAACCAACAACAAUAACUUGGACAUUUUAAAAACAAGCUUCAGGGAAUUUAUUAAAGAAGAAAUAGGUAACGACAUGCUAGAAAAGACAAACCACGAAAACACUAUACAAGGUAUGCAAGAAAUAAUAUUUAGCCUACUAACAACUAUGUUAAAAUUUACCAAUUACGAAAAAGACUCAAGCAACCAUUUACAUUGUAAACUACAAAAAAUUCCUACCAGAUUAAUAAGACCUAACAUACUCGAAAAAGACUUAAUAAACUUAUCCGAAAUACUACAAAAAGACGGUUAUGAACUAGUAAUCCCAACAGAAGACUUAUCUGCUUAUUAUAGUUUACCUAUUACAGAAUGCCAAUUUUCAAAAAAUCAAAUUCUAAUCAAAAUCAAAAUUCCAAUACAAGAACAUAUGGCAAAAUGGAAACUAUACCAAUAUAUACCAACCCAUUUUAAAUUCGAAGAUGCAAUUUGUAUAAUAUUUUCAGAAAAAACGUAUAUAGCAAUUAAUUCAAAUAAUAAUGAACAUAGAAUAAUAUCAGGAGUAGGAUUGCAACAUUGUGACCCACCAGUCACAGAUCUAUGCUACAUACCAAAAUUUUCAUCCGACAUAACACUAUCCCCAAAAUGUGUAGAAUCGAUUUUCAAAAAUAAACCAUUAGAAAUAAUAAAUGAAUACUGUUACUUUCAAUGCGUAAAACAACACAGAGACGAUACAAUAAUAAUUAAACAAAUAGGCAUUAAUACAUAUGCUUUAACUAACCCUCAGCCAACAUUAAUAAUAAAAAAAAUUAAUAGGAAAAACAAAGACGUUACCACAGAAGAAUUAAAAAUAAAUUACAAAAACCCAGGUCUCAUAAAAAUACAUCUACCAUGUAAUUACGAGCUAAUUCAAAACUCGAAAACAAUUAUUCCAAAAAUGUAUCCAUGCGAGUCAAAUAAUAUAAAUAAACUUAAAUUGAAACGAGUUUUACCUAUAUCUUGGACGAACAUAAAAUCACUAAAAAUCAACAAUGAAGAACCAAAAGGGGACAUGUAUUUUGGAAAUAUAACGGAAAUUUUAAACAAAAACUGGAAAACAGACAUUCCAAACUUUCAAGUUUCAAAACAAAUUAAAAACCCAGAAAAAUAUUUUAAUGACCUAAUUUUAAAAAAAAUACCACAACCAUUAAUUGACGAUUUUUUAGCUGACAUAAUAUACCUAACAUGGCUAACAAUACUCACACUACUUACGGGAUUCAUUUGCUACAAAAUAUAUCCUAUAUUCAUCAAAAUAAAUAUGUUGACAAUUUCCCCGCCUAUUCCACAAAGACAAUAA